GAAGUUAUCAAUCAGUGCAGUCAGUCGAUCGUGAACCGCGCGCGAGUGUACACAUCGUUUGAAAAGAAGCAUAAAAAGCAUAAUUUUGCCAGUGUUUCAAAUUGCAAUCCGACGAUUCAUUGAUAGCGCACUGCUAGCGGUUUGUGUGUGUGUUAUCAGUGAAGGCGGUGGCUUCCUGGUACAUUUCCGUCGAACAGGAAGCUCGAGUGGCCGCAGAUAACCCAUCCACGGGAAACUGUGUCACGAAACAUAUUGGGAUAGUGAGGAAGCGAACUUGUGAUCGUUUGAAUGCACUAAAACAAGAUCAGUUGGACACAACACAGGUUGAGACGAUGCAGCAGAAAAGGAUUAUUUUUGGUGCUAUCGUCAUUUUCAUUAUUGCUGAACUAGCAUACUACUCUCUAGCGUGUGAACUGGAUCAAACGCAGCACGGCUGCCGGAUAGACAACGGCCAAUGUACAUGUGCCUUCGGAUGUAAAUCGGAAUUCCGAUACGCGACUCGUAAGGAAUGUCAGGAUGCACUGAAGGGUCGUUCCGGUGACAUUUGCAGCCGGGCACCGUGCAUGAAUGGUGGAUCUUGCACCCAGGUAACCGCAAUGCCACAAUACAAGUGUCGAUGUGAGGGAACCGGCUACUGGGGAAAUCGGUGUCAACGAUUAUGUCCAAAACCGGAACAAGUACCAGCUGGCUCCAAAUUUCCCCACGAGUGUGUAGUUAUUUAAGUACAGCGAUAUAAGUUUUGAAAAAGGGCAUCAUUUAUCUACUAUGUAUUCAACGAUAAAAAAUCCGUUUCUGUGAAUAUCUACUGCUACUGGUACUUAGUUGGAAGUAUCCCACGAGAAAAAUUAUAGCAAUGGCUACAAUCCGUUUGAAUGUAACAUAAAAGAUUGAUUACAGUAGAUUUGUUUUGAAAUCUCGUCGACUUCCUCGAAGCGUUGUAGUCAUAACAUCACCACAUGUAGUCUUUCUUUAUCUUCAUUUCUUUUUUUGUAAUUUCUUUUUCGUUACAAGUUCGUUAUCCCUACUACAACAUAUAACACUGAUAAGCUUGACCGAAGUCGAGCACUGCACCACAAACAAGCUGACAAAAUUUGAACUCUAGGUUGUAAGCUAGGACUAGAAAUAAGCAAUUGUAUAACGAAUUGAAUAAAAUUCGGAACUGUAAAUAAACCAAAUAAUAUUCUACUUUGUUUAGAUCAAAGUUAAUAUAAUAUACAU